AUGGAUGGCAUGAGAUCGUGCUCAAAUUACGAGGCCGGUUUUGACGCGUGUGAUCCGUUGGAUUCAGUUUUCGAGUGGUCUAGGAGAGGGCCGGCAAAGGUGUUGCGGCGGCGUUGCCGCAGCGAGGGCAUCGAUCGUUCUCCUUACGAGGAUGCAGCGCGCGAGUGCUCGCGCUCUGCAGACUUCGCAAAUCGCCAUCGCGUCCUUCCUAAUAAAAGUCAUUUCACUUUAAACAACAGCCACGAACAUCGUCAGCACAGAUUCACUUACGAGUGUUCUUUACCUUCUGCUCAAAACGGAGAUUUCAUAAUGGCUCACGAUUAUAAUCGUCAUGGGUAUCAACAAGGAAGAUCAAAGUAUCACAGAUCAAGUCCAACAAGACCUAUAGUAGUGACCACACUCUCUAACUCAAAAGUUGAUGACCGUUUACCUAAAGUUGAAGAGUUGCUAGAGAAAGUUGAUCAUGAAAUGAUGGAUGUUACAUCAAAACAGCCACUAAAAUCCAUACUCAAUAAUUCAUUGCCAAAAUCACCUCCCCAUAGUAUUUUAAAGAAGCCAAAAACUAAAAUGUAUCAGGACAAUAAAACUGAAGGGAGAAGACGACAAAGAGCCUCUAGUGAAUCUGAUAACUUUUACUGUAGUUUUCAUAUAAGUUCACCAAUGGCUGGCUAUGACAGUCAAUUGUCAUACUUAUCAAAUAAUAUGAAAAGAGCAAAAGAUAACUCGGGAACUGGAUACUCAUAUGGUUCUGCUGUGGCCGCACUUAGCUCAGUACCUACAAACAAAGGUUUAAAUUUUAGCAAAGCUAGCAAGUGCUCCUGCAAGGACCAUGUUAUAGUAACUCCAAAGGAUGAUGUGUUCAAAAUGCAUCUGUUACGGACUACAGCCAUUAACAAUGAUACAGUAGAUGAUUUACCCCUUGUGCCAAUUCCACGUCAGGAUACGCCAACGAGACCGGCAGUCAGCCCCGCAUUACCUGUUAGUUCAGUGACGGCGAUACCAGAAAAGAAAUUGGUAAAAACCAAGAAAAAAACAAAGACGAAAAAGAUGCGAUCCAAUAGUAAAGUGGACUGUAAUAUUAUUGAAGGGGAGGGUGAAGAUUCUCACAGCCGAUCGCCUUCCCCGGACCCAAUAACUGAAUCAUGGCGGAUGGAGACAGAUACAACGAAUAUAGAAAAGGUUGAAAAGCCUCCGAGGACUCGGUCCCCUGCUCAUUUAGAACAAAAUUCAGUCACUAAGAUCACAAACAAACUUAAUGGUACUGUUAUGUCGCCGAAGAAAGUAUUGUCUAAAGAAAAGACAAGCCAAGAUACGUUCUUAACGGCUUUACACACGACGAAUCCUUUCAAAUCACUACCCACUCGUAAAGAAUCGCCGCUUAAUGUAACCGAAUCGCUAGGAAACUGUCUUCGACCAUCCCUAUUCCCAAGAGUGCCACCAUACUUGAAGUUCGUAGGCCACGAGGACACAAUACCACUUAAAGUGCCGCCAGCUAUACAGAAACAUCUCAAAUGGAAGCUCACGACAAUAACGCCUAUAGUUGUCAAGAAGACCCUGGUUAAUUCUGGAUUUAGACUGGUCAAGAGUGAGUGUGAUACGUCGGAGUGUCCUCAAGAAGAAACGGUAGAGUGGAUAGGUAUUUGGGGUAAACACAUGAAAUCCUUAAUGUUCAGAGCCAUCAAAGACGGCCAGAAGAUGAAUCAUUUUCCUGGCACCUUUCAAAUUGGCAGAAAAGACAGAUUAUGGAGAAAUUUACAGAAAUUAUGCAAUAGGUUUGGCGUAAAUGAAUUCGGUAUAAUGCCUAAGACAUAUGUGUUGCCUCACGAUUUGAAGCUACUCAAACACGACUGGGAGAAAUAUGCUGCUAAUAAUGAGAGGUGGAUUAUAAAACCGCCGGCGUCAGCUCGCGGCACUGGUAUAAAGGUGGUAUCGCGUUGGGCCCAAAUACCGAAAAAGCGUCCCGUUGUGGUACAGCGAUAUGUGUCCAAGCCAUACCUAAUCAAUGGUAGCAAGUUCGAUUUACGGUUAUACGUCCUUGUAACAUCCGUCCACCCACUACGGAUAUAUUUGUAUAAGGACGGCCUAGCGAGGUUCGCUUCAGUUAAAUACAAUUCAGAAUUAACGUCACUAAAUGACAGGUAUAUGCAUUUGACGAACUACUCAAUAAACAGAUUGUCAAAGCACUACACGCCCAAUGAAGACUUUGCCGCGUGCGAGGGACAUAAGUGGACACUACAAACCCUCUUCCAAUAUCUAAAGACUGACAAGGACGUAGACACAGAUGCACUAUGGGCGUCCAUUAAAGACCUGGUGAUCAAGACAAUAAUAUCCGGAGAAGGCAGCAUCAGCUCAUUGACGAAGGCCAAUAUUACUUCGAGAUAUAACUGUUAUGAACUAUUUGGGAUUGAUGUCCUGCUUGAUGAGGAUCUCAAGCCUUGGUUGUUGGAGGUGAACAUUUCGCCCAGUUUGCACAGCGCAUCGCCUUUAGAUAUUCACGUAAAGGGUCCGCUGGUCUCCACAGUGCUCAAUAUAGCUCAGUUCCAAGUACCUAUUAAGACAAAUAUCGAGAUGCUUUCAAAGGAUAAACCACAUAAAAUGGUUGGUGUGCCAUACGACAGCAGGUUGUACACAGUAUAUCUAUCAAAGGAAGAAAGAGAUAAACACAUUAUAUAUACAAACAUGGAAGAACGGGAUAUGUACCUUCGAGACAUUCUCUCAACUUUGACGCCGGACGACGUACGUCAUCUCAUACAAGCCGAAGACGAGUUAACGCAAAGCGGGGAUAUGGAGCGUGUGUUCCCGAACAAAAACACACACAAGUACCUAGGGUUCCUAGCUGGACCUAGGUAUUACAACCGCCUAUUUGACGCUUGGGAAUCGCGGUAUGGGGAUAAGAGAGACUCGGGCAUCGAGCUCCUCCGUAACCUGUGCGACAUAGGUUAUCACCUAGAAGUGCCUCCAGUGCCUCUUAAGUGGCCGGCGGCUGAGCUGAGCGCGUUGGAUUGCAGAAUGAUGUCGAUGCGCCGUCUCCCGCGCCCUCCGAGCGGCCUUCAGUUCCGUCCGUUCCGUCGGGGCGCGGCUCCGCAGCAAUGCUCCCGUCAGUGUCCUCGACCACAGUUCCGGCAGUCCCUGCAGUUCCGGCGGUCUGUUCAAUUCCGUCAGCGUCAGUCCCGGCGCACACCAGUUCGCCCGUCACCCGGCCCUGCGGCGACUCACUCGCCCCCCGAGCCCCGCCCGCACUCGAGCCGCGAGCCUAGCCCCCCCCACAUCGAUCUCAACAUGAACAAGUGCCACAUAGACGACGCCAGCGAGGAGUUGAAACAAUAUUAA